AGCUCACGUCGCAGCGAAACCAACGCUUUCUCCCCGAAUCUAGAGUCCCAGGGUUUUAGCUCAUUGGUGAAUUCUUGAUCUCACAUGCAACUGGAUUGAUAAAGAUGUCCCUCCUUAGUAGAUUCUUUUACAAAAGACCCCCAGAUGGCUUGCUUGAGUUUGUUGAGAGAGUAUAUGUUUUUGAUUCAUGUUUCUCCACUGAAGUCUUGCCAGAAGAGAUGUACCAAAUAUAUUUACAUGAAAUUGUAAAUGAGUUGUAUGAAGAAUUUCCAGAAUCAUCAUUUCUUGCCUUCAACUUUCGGGAGGGUGAGAAACCGAGUCAGUUUGCAGAAAUUUUAAGUGAAUAUGAUGUUACUGUUCUGGAUUAUCCACGACAAUAUGAGGGUUGUCCUCUGCUCCCAUUAUCUUUGAUUCAGCAUUUUCUCCGUGUUUGUGAAAGUUGGCUGUCACUUGGGAAUCAUCAGAAUGUCAUUCUUCUUCAUUGUGAAAGAGGAGGAUGGCCACUUCUGGCAUUUCUUUUAUCCAGUUUCUUGAUUUUUAGAAAGUUGCAUACUGGAGAGCGUAAGACACUUGAAAUUGUUCACCGUGAGGCUCCUAAAGGUUUCUUGCAGCUCUUGUCACCUUUAAAUCCAUUUCCAUCUCAACUUCGCUAUCUUCAGUAUGUAGCAAGAAGGAAUAUAGCUCCUGAGUGGCCACCUCCUGAGCGGGCUCUUUCUUUGGAUUGUGUCAUUAUUCGAGCCAUUCCAAGUUUUGAUGCCCAGAAUGGGUGUAGGCCAAUUAUCCGCAUUUUUGGUAGGAAUCUUCAUGGCAAAGGUGGGCUGUCAACCCAAAUGCUAUUCUCCAUGUCCAAGAAGAGGAAGAACAUUCGGCAUUAUUGCCAGGCAGACUGUGAUGUGAUUAAAAUUGACAUCCAGUGUUUUGUGCAAGGAGAUGUUGUACUGGAGUGUGUCCAUUUGGACUUGGAUCCAGAAAGGGAAGUUAUGAUGUUUCGUGUAAUGUUCAACACUGCAUUUAUUCGAUCUAACAUAUUGAUGCUGAACCCUGAGAACUUGGACAUGCUUUGGGAUUCCAAGGAGCGGUAUCCAAAAGGCUUCCGAGCAGAGGUUUUAUUUGGAGAGGUUGACAGUGCUUCCCCUACUCAAGCUCCUACAGCAAUUUUAAAUGGUGAGGAGAAAGGUGGAUUGCCUAUUGAAGCCUUUUCUAGGGUUCAAGAACUUUUUAGUGGCAUUGACUGGGUUGAGAAUGGUGAUGAUGCUGCCUUGUGGUUUCUUAAACAACUUUCUGUCUUGAGUGAUGUAAAAGAAUUUUCAAGAUUUCAAACUAAAGGAUAUAUGUAUGCAUCGCCUGCUGAUUCUGAGGAUGCAUCUAGCACUGCUGAUAGUUUAGAUGAGGCACUUGAUGGGAUGCAUAAACUUUCAGUUGAUCCAAUGAGAUCCAUAUUACCAGAUUUAGUUAAUGCAUCUCCACCAUCUUUUGAGAGCUUCAAUGAUUCAAACUUUGCCUCAGAAACUCCAGAACAAGCAUCAGUUGAAACUAUUGAGAUAGUCCAAAGUGAAGAAACGCUAUCUGAUUCAUCUCUUCCUAUACAACCUUUACCACCUACUCUCUCCUCCACACCACCGCCAUCACCACCUCCUCCUCCUCCUCCACUUCCACCAUUUAUGUUUGGGACUUCUGUACCAAGACCUCCUCCACCGCCCUCAUGUCCACCACUAUCUGUCAGUGUUAGCAGACCUACACCACCCCCCCCACCUCCACCACCUCCUCUUUCUGGUCUUGCCAAUAGGGAUUCUAUAACACCUCCACUUGCCACUACUAACAAAGUUCCCCCACCACCACCUCCUCCACUUAAUGGUUUCUCAAGUAAAAGUACACUGUCUCCAACCAGCAGCAAAGGUCCACCACCACCACCUCCUCCACUUAAUGGUUUCUCAAGUAAAAGUACACUGUCUCCAACCAGCAGCAAAGGUCCACCACCACCACCUCCUCCACCACCCCCUUUUAGUACUUCUAGAAACCCCUCACCAACACCACCUCCUCCCCCUCCUACACACACUCAACCAUCUUUGUCACCACCCCCACCCCCACCCCCACCACCACCACCUGCAGUGGCAACAUCUACCAUUGGUGCUUCCCACAGAGCACCAUCUCCACCUCUUCCUCCUAGUCGCACCCCCCUACCACCACCACCACCUCCACCUCCUCCACCUCCUGGUCAUAACAAUGGAAAUGCCCCUCUACCCUUACCAUCACCAACACUGCCGCCUCCGCCUCCUCUGCCUCCUGGUCGUAGCACUGGAAAUGCCCCUCUACCACCACCUCCACCUCCACCUCCACCUCCACUGGGAAACAAUGGUAGUGUCCCAAAACCACCAGCACCUCCACCUCCACCUCCUCCAGGACCUACAAGAUCAGGUGUUAUCCCACCAUCAGCACCUAAGGCUCCUGCUGCUCCCCCUCCACCACCAGCCAGUGGCAGAACUGCAGCUCCACCCCCCCCACCAGGAGUAAAGGUGUCUACUGUGCCCCCACCACCACCUCCAUCUGUCGGAAAAGGAAAAACUCUUGGACCAACAAGUCAUGGAAGAGGUCGAGGUGUCAGUGGAGUUAACAGUGGCCCCAAGAAAACCUCAUUGAAGCCCUUACAUUGGGUGAAAGUCAGUCGAGCAGUGCAAGGGAGUUUAUGGGCUGAUUCGCAAAAGCAGGACAAUCAGUCAAGGGCCCCUGAAAUAGAUAUGUCAGAACUGGAAAGUCUGUUCUCAGCAGCCUCUACUUCAGAUGGGAGUGGAACUAACAGAGUUGGAGGUCGACGUGGUUCUAAUAUCAACAAACCUGAAAAAGUGCAGUUGGUUGACUUGCGCAGAGCAUAUAAUUGUGAAAUAAUGCUCUCAAAAAUUAAAGUUCCUCUUCCAGAUAUGAUUAAUGCAGUUUUAGCUUUGGAUUCAUCUUGUCUGGACAUUGAUCAGGUUGAGAAUCUGAUUAAAUUUUGUCCCACCAAAGAAGAAAUGGAAAUGUUGAAGAAUUACACAGGUAACAAGGAAAUGCUUGGGAAGUGUGAACAGUUUUUCCUGGAGUUGAUGAAGGUUCCACGCGUGGAAUCAAAAUUACGAGUAUUUGCCUUUAGAAUCACCUUUUCCAGUCAGGUUGAUGACUUAAGAUCUAAUCUAAACACAAUUAAUAAUGCGACUAAAGAGGUCAAAGAGUCUGUUAAGUUGCGUCAGAUAAUGCAGACAAUUCUUACUUUGGGAAAUGCUCUGAAUCAGGGCACUGCACGAGGAUCUGCUGUGGGAUUCAAAUUGGACAGCCUUCUUAAAUUGUCUGAUACUCGUGCAAGAAACAACAAAAUGACUUUGAUGCAUUACCUUUGCAAGCUUCUUGCUGAGAAAAUGCCAGAACUGCUGGAUUUUGAUAAGGAUCUUAUUCAUUUGGAAGCUGCCUCAAAGAUUCAAUUAAAAACUCUUGCUGAAGAAAUGCAAGCUGUGAGUAAAGGUCUUGAGAAAGUUGAACAAGAACUUUCUGCUUCUGAAAAUGAUGGUGCUGUUUCUCUGGGUUUUCAAAAGGUGUUGAAGAAUUUUCUUGAUACUGCUGAAGCUGAAGUAAGAUCACUAAUCUCCUUAUAUUCUGAAGUGGGCAGAAACGCAGAUUCAUUGUCUCAGUACUUUGGGGAGGAUCCAGCCCGAUGUCCUUUUGAGCAAGUUACACAGAUCUUGGCUGUUUUUGUCAAGAUGUUUAAAAAAGCACGGGAGGAAAAUGAAAGGCAGGCUGAUGCUGAGAAAAAGAAAUUAGAGAAGGAAGCCAUGAAAGAUAAGGCAGUAGUUUACUCCUCUGCAAAGAAAGACGGUGCUGAUUUUGAUGAACCAACUCUUCUUUCUCACAUCCAGAGAAACGUUCGCCAAGCAAAUUGAUGGAAAUUCCAGUUGAAGCUACACGUAUGGCUUUUAGACUACUGGAGGCAGAUCUUGAGGUUCUGUUUUACAUUUCCACAUAUAAUUUGGGCAGCGGGGAUUACUUGAGCGGUUGCUUAUGCAUGCUAACUGCACUUAAUCUACGGUCAGAGACUCAGAAUACUACUGCUUGUCCGAAACACAGAUGUAGGAACAACUGUGUUUCCGUGUACAUGGCUUGUGCAGAAUGAGGAAGUAGCAGCAAUACUG